CGGGAAAUUUAAAAAAUAAAAAUGGGAACAAAACGGUUUUUCGCUUCAUUACUCGUGUGUUUUUUCCUGGGUAUUCACGGAAAACCGUCACUUUCUUUUAAUUUGCCGAAUUUUGCCGCGCUAGCCGGUUUCGGCCAAACCGCUCGCGAACAGCGCGAUUCCGCCUUAAAACAAUACAGCGGAAAACGGGUUACAAACGAUAGUCUUCGGAUGGUGUACUUUUACGACCAAACGGUGGCCGUUGCGGAAUUAGGACCAAGAAAGUUACUUUUAAAUUGCGAAUUAUUGGAAGUUUAUGAACCUGAGGAAGCUUUAAUGGCAUUGGGGCAAUUGUCGAAAUUUUCCCGACCCGUGGCGAUUUCUUUUCCGGAAAUGAUGACCUUAAUGUCGCAAUGUCAACAAGUAGAUUCGUUUAAUUCGCAGGAUCGCGUCCCAUCGGUGGCACCCCCUAACAUGGCACGGGGGCUUUUAUCUAAUAAUCCUUUAACUUUGCUGAGUGGGAUUAUACCAGGCACGAAAUGGUGCGGAACUGGGGAUAUAGCCAAAGAUUAUCACGAUUUAGGGGCCGAAUCCAAAGUUGAUCGUUGUUGUAGAACCCACGAUUUAUGCCCAGUUAAAGUUAGAGCGUACACGAAACGUUACAAUUUAACCAACAACUCUUUAUACACAAAAAGUCACUGCAAAUGCGACGAUGAGCUUUAUAAAUGCUUGAAAAGAAGCGAUUCGCCCACGGCGCAUAUCAUGGGAAACGUUUAUUUCAAUUUAAUCCAAGUCCCCUGCUUAGAAGAGAGUAAAGAUGGACCUAAACGAUUUCGGGCGGCGAGGAAUAAUUUUUAAACUAUUUACUUAAUUUAUUAAUGUUAAUUUUAUUUUAUUAAAUAUGUAAAUAUUA